CGGGGCCGCAGUCCAGCGGGGUUCGAGGGCUGUGUGAGACAGCACCGCUGCGAUGGCGUCGUAUUUCGAUGAACACGACUGCGAGCCGUUGGAUUCCGAGCAGCAGGCCCGAACCAAUAUGCUGCUGGAGCUCGCAAGGUCACUUUUCAAUAGGAUGGACUUUGAAGACUUGGGGUUGGUAGUAGAUUGGGAACAUCAUCUGCCUCCACCUGCUGCCAAAGCUGUCGUUGAGAACCUUCCUAGGAGAGUCAUCAGGGGCUCUCAGGCCGAGCUCAAGUGCCCCGUGUGUCUUUUGGAAUUUGAGGAGGAGGAGACUGCCAUUGAGAUGCCUUGCCAUCACCUCUUCCAUUCCAGCUGCAUUCUGCCCUGGCUAAGCAAGACAAAUUCCUGCCCCUUGUGCCGCCAUGAGCUGCCCACUGAUGAUGACACUUACGAGGAACAUAGACGAGAUAAGGCUCGCAAGCAGCAGCAAAAGCACCGACUUGAGAACCUCCAUGGAGCCAUGUACACAUGAGGUGCCUGGGGCUGAGUACCAGUCUUCCACAUCUUUCUCUUGCACCUCAAAUCCUCAUUAAAAUUUUCUUUACCCACCCUGCA